AUGCAGUCUGCCUAUCUCACAGUUUGCCUCCUGUGCCUCAUCAGCUUCACCUCAGCUUGUUACAUCAACAACUGUCCUGUCGGAGGCAAGCGAUCCAUCAUGGACAUGGAGGUCAGACAGUGCUUGUCAUGUGGUCCUGGUAACAGAGGCCAUUGCUUUGGAGCCAGUAUUUGCUGUGGGGAGGGGUUUGGCUGCUACAUUGGAACCUCCGAGACCCUGAGGUGUCAGAAGGAAGAUUACCUGCUGUCUCCUUGUGAACCCAGUGGCAGGGCCUGUGGCAGCAAUGGCGGGAAAUGUGCCUCAUCUGGAAUCUGCUGUACACAGGAGAGCUGUGCCAUGGAUCCCACGUGUGACACCAGGACCAUUUUCCCAUCCGAUUAAUGUGUCCAUUCGGAGGAACCCUGAACCCAAAACCAUGAAAUGUUACCUGAAGUUUGACGCUGAAACACAUUGAAUACAAUCAUCUUUUAAUGCAAAAUAGAG